GCCCAUGCCCGCACACCCCAACGUCUCGAGCAGCGCCGGCUCUUCAUGGCUGAGGGCAAGCGCUCGCUCAAGGACUGCGCCAACUCGGACGCCUCGCGACGACUGCAGGAACACGCCGUGGCCCGCCGCGCAGCCAAGGCCGACAGCAUCCGUGCUGAGGGCCGUCAGCGCCGUCGCCUCGAUCUCGACACUGUGCUGGUCACCAGCCACAAGUCCAACCUCACGGGCCUCACCGCCGACACGAACGCCAGCGAGCUCUUCGGCGGCGACGUCAAGUGCAUCCUCGAGCCAGAGGUCACCCAGGGCCCGUACUACGUCAACGGCGAGCUCGUGUGCUCCGACAUCCGCGAGGACCAGGAGGGCGUCGAUCUGUACGCCGAGAUCCAGAUCAUCGACGUCAACACGUGCGAGCCCGUGGAGGGUCUGUACCUCGACUUCUGGCACUGCAACGCCACGGGCGUGUACUCGGGCAUCGUGGCCAGCGGCAACGGCGACAGCUCCGACACCACCAACCUCGACAAGACGUUCCUGCGCGGACUCACGCCCACCGACGAGGACGGCGUCGCGUCCUACACGACCAUCUUCCCGGGCCACUACACGUCGCGCGCCACGCACAUGCACAUCAUCGGUACGUACAACGGCACGCUGCUCGAGAACAACACGUACUCGGGCGGCUACGCGUCGCACGUGGGCCAGCUCUUCUUCGACCAGGAUCUCAUCACCGAGGUGGAGCUCACGGCGCCCUACAGCACCAACACGCAGGAGCUCACCACGAACGCCGAUGACUCCAUCCUGUCGGAGGAGGCGUCCGAGGACUUCGACCCCGUGUUCGAGUACGUGUUGCUGGGCGACUCGGUGUCGGACGGCGUGCUGGCCUGGAUCUCCGUCGGUGUGGACAUGACGCGCGCGCAGACCAUCACGGCGGCGGGCACACUGACGGCAGACGGAGGCGUCAUGGCCGACUCCACGAGCACGACGGCCGGCGGUGCGGGUGGUAUGGGCGGCUUCGGUGGAUCUGUUGGAGGACCCGAGGGAAGCCUUGCGAUUGCCUCGUCGGGAUCCAGUGACACCACUAGCCAGACGACGACUGCUGGCGCCGCGGAGACCACGACGACCUCGGGAAGUGUCGGAGCGGAGGCUGCUGACCCGUCCUGCAACGUGCGCCUCCGCCGUUAA